UCUGGAUUCUGUUGUCAUAGAAGAUCCUGUGUCGUGGUUUUUUCCGCAAGUAUGAGUUUUUAAUCCCGUUUUUUAUCCCGUUUUUUGAAAAUGACGAUGAGAGGACUGCCGACGAGAGGACUGCUCCAGGUGCAUAUGUGUUAUAGAUGCAGAAUGCGGUGGUGUCCCACCUCUGUGCUCCACCUGCUGCGCUCUGCACGGUUACGGUUGUGUACCAGGAGAGGAAGGAAUAGGUUGCCCCUGUGGAUUAGGGAAAUAUGGGCUUACAUGAGACUGCUGGUGCAGUCACUUUACUUCAACUCCCUCACCGACUCUGAUGUGGUCUUCGACUCAGUCUUUGAACCUGUGUUUUGGACUGUGGAUUAUGUCACCCGCUGGUUUGGCACGGUGUUUGUUUUUCUGGUGGUGAUACUGACCAGCUCCAUUGUGGGGAUAGCCUAUAUGGUCCUACUGCCUCUGGUCCUGUACACUUAUUCCCCGCAAUGGAUCGCUUGGCACAUUUGUUAUGGAAAUUGGAUUAUCGUCAUGAUUGCUUUCCAUUACUACAAAGCUACAAAGACCUCACCUGGGAGUCCCCCGACAGAAAAAAAUGAUGCUCCAUUUGUGUCAGUCUGCAAAAAAUGCAUUAUGCCCAAACCAUCAAGGACACACCACUGUGGCAUCUGUAACAGGUGCAUCCUGAAAAUGGACCAUCACUGUCCAUGGUUGAAUAACUGUGUGGGCCAUUUUAACCAUCGUUACUUUUUCUCGUACUGUCUCUUCAUGACCUUGGGCUGCUUUUACUGUACCAUCAGUGGUAGAAACCUGUUUCUGGAUGCCUACAAUGCUCAUGAGCACUUUAAGCAUUUGGAUACAGAAAAGCCAGGAGUACCAGUAACGGGGGACUUGGGACUUCUUGUAGGGCUACUCCCCUCUGGUCAGACCAACCGUCAGACGCCUGCACCAGUUUACAGCUUAAAGGAUAAGAUGGUUAAUAAGAGCAUCAUCUACAUGUGGGUGCUUACCAGCACAGUGGGAUUAGCCUUGGGAGCGCUGACAAUAUGGCACACAGUUCUCAUAUCCAGAGGGGAAACCAGCAUUGAGAGACAUCUCAACAGCAAGGAAAGAAAGCGAAUGGCAAAGGAGGGAAAGAUAUACAGAAACCCUUUUGACUACGGCAGGCUGAAUAACUUGAAAAUCUUCCUUGGUGUAGAGAAGAGAAGUCAUUGGCUGACACGUGUUCUCCUGCCAUCUGGACACGCCCCAUGCGGUGAUGGGUUGACGUGGGACAAGUUCCCAGUUAAAAAGGAUUUGAUACCUGUAUGACAGACUUUACCUAGGAAUACUUGUAGCAUACUUCACCUUCUCUUUGUCCACCUUUGUCCACUCCCGUCGUGUGGCCUGGUUUGCCUCAAGGAUUUGUUUAUGGUGACUCCACACAACUGGAGAAACAGGUCACGUCAACCUCCAAUACCUCAAAAAUAUGCUUGUGAUUCGACGCUCCUCAUUUUUUUAGCAGUGAGAAGACCAUGUGUGUUUGUUAGACACUGGUUUUGAUGUACAGACUUAUAUUACUUAACUGUGAGUUUUGCAUUACCAGUGAUAGGAAUGAUAUUUUUUCCAAGGUGUGCAGUGUCUGACAUAUCAAUGGACUGAAGAACCCUUUAAAAAUAUCAUUUUAUUUUUAAACAGGCUCUGUUUAUGAAGGGGGACAAAAAGGUUAAUGUCAAUACAAUCACCUUCCUGUAUCAUUUUCACUUCAGUCCAAUAUUAUCAUCCGAUUAACGACAAUUCCAAGAUAAUGUCUUAUUUAUCUGUAUUUUGUACCUGUUAAGUUAAUAAAUCUUUAUAAUGUGGUUUAUUUUA